GUAGAGGUCCUAUUCCCAAGUUCUCUCUCCCUCCAAAAAAAAAAAACAGAGGAACUGUCGGGGGAUAGAGAGAGACUCCAUGUACGAAACAGAGGAUACUCUCAUGCUCCUUCUUCUUUUUCCUUCGGUUCUGUCUCUUGCUCUGUUCUUGAUCCUUUUGGGAAGAAACCGGCCCAGAUUCAAUCUUCCUCCUGGUAACUCCGGUUGGCCGUUUCUCGGCGAAACCAUCGGUUAUCUAAAACCUUACUCCGCCACUUCCCUCGGACACUUCAUGCAAGAUCAUAUCUCCAGGUACGGGAAGAUAUACAGAUCGAAUUUGUUCGGGGAGCGGACGAUCGUGUCGGCGGACGAAGGGCUCAACAGGUUCAUAUUGCAGAACGAAGGGAAGCUGUUCGAGUGUAGCUAUCCUCGUAGCAUCGGAGGGAUUCUUGGGAAAUGGUCGAUGCUUGUUCUUGUCGGGGACAUGCACAGAGACAUGAGGAGCAUAUCCCUCAAUUUCCUCAGCCACGCCCGUCUCAGGUCGCACCUGUUGAAGGAUGUCGAGAGGCAUACUUUGUUCGUCCUCGAUUCCUGGAAAGAAGACACCGUCUUCUCUGCUCAGGACGAGGCCAAGAAGUUUACAUUCAAUUUAAUGGCGAAGCAUAUAAUGAGUAUGGAUCCAGGAGAGGAAGAGACAGAGCAGCUGAAGCGAGAGUAUGUCACCUUCAUGAAAGGUGUUGUCUCUGCUCCUGUGAAUCUCCCUGGAACCGCUUACAGAAAAGCCCUGCGGUCACGGUCGACGAUAUUGAAAUUCAUAGAGGGGAAGAUGGAAGAGAGGAAGGCAAGAAUGAAGGAAGAAGGGAACGGAGAGGGGGGGAAGAAACAGAAGACGGACGGGGAUCUCAUGGGAUGGGUGUUGAAGCAUUCGAAUCUUUCGACGGAACAGAUUCUGGAUCUGAUACUGAGUCUGCUCUUCGCCGGCCAUGAAACCUCAUCCGUCGCCAUUGCUCUUUCCAUCUUCUUCUUGCAAGCUUGCCCUAACGCUAUCCAGAAGCUCAGAGAAGAGCAUCUUGAGAUUGCGAGGGGGAAGGAAGAGCUUGGUGAGACAGAGCUGAAUUGGGAUGACUACAAGAAAAUGGAAUUUACUCAGUGUGUCAUAAGCGAGACUCUUCGGCUUGGAAAUGUUGUGAGGUUUUUGCACAGGAAAGCACUCAAAGACGUUCGGUACAAAGGAUACGAUAUCCCAAGUGGGUGGAAAGUGCUGCCGGUGAUCUCAGCCGUCCAUUUGGAUUCUUCUUUGUAUGGCCAACCUCACCUCUUUAACCCCUGGAGAUGGCAACAGGAAAACAACGGGGCGUGCGGGGGCACAUCGAACUUCAUGCCGUUUGGAGGAGGCCCGAGGCUCUGCGCGGGCUCAGAGCUGGCGAAGCUAGAGAUGGCGGUGUUCAUACACCAUCUGGUCCUCCGUUUCCGGUGGGAGUCAGCGGAGGAGGACCAACCCUUCGCCUUCCCUUUCGUUGAUUUCCCCAAAGGAUUGCCUAUCGUCGUCCGUCGUUAUUGCAAUCCCUUGUAGACCAAAAAAAAAAAUUAAUAAAAAUUUAAAUAAAACACGAGGAUUGGUACGUUACGUUAUACACCUUGUAAAUUUCUCA